AAUCAAUCGAGAUAGCGUUCGAAAGAUAAUCCAUCCGGGCCCGAACUUCGAAAUUAUACUUGCCGACUUUUCUGUGGAGGAAGAUUGAGUUGAGCUUUGCUGAUCUUGUUGAGGGGAAUGUGAAGAAAUAUGCUGAGAACUGCUACAUUCUUGGGGAAGACUGGAGUCUUGAGGACUGGAGAAGGAUUUUCAGGAAUUUAUGUCAAUUGGGCGAGGAAAUUGAAGGCCAUAAGAGACCGAAGUACUGUGGACUGUUGCGACCCGGUGACGAUUCCGAUUUGCGAGAUGCCUAGGGAGAGAUGCAUGAUGGAUCUGCUGCCAGUGCCUUGUGAACCCUGGCAGGAGGUAUACGACGAGGAGAACAAGAAGGAUACUAAAGUCUUGUUGUAUUCCACUGGAUUCUUCCUCUUCACUUUGCUCUGUAUGAAGCAGGUGGGUCCGGUCAGAGGAUAUCCGGAAAUCGGAUGGACUUCUGGAUAAAUGCGAAUAAAUGAUUUGUUGUACUUUAUGUUUUGUGAUUUAUCUUAGAAUAAAAUCAUUGUAAAAUCGA